GAGGAUGGCGGCGGGAGGCAGCGGCGCAGCGCCUCAGCACCACGCGCCCGCGCUUUUGGCUGACUUUCAAAACCCGAAGAAAAGCGGCCGGGGCGCUAAUUGUAGCUGGGUCCCGAAGUGAAAAUGUUUUGUGACAGUUGCGAGAAUUUAAAGAGGAAGGAAGAUCGGUUUAGUGUCAGCUGCAAUUAGGUAAUCAAAGCUUAGAACUGCAGCUCGGCUGGUAGCUGGCCCCGCAACCGAGCGAGGGGCUGGGAGGCUGAGCCUGCCGAGGGCACGGCCCGAGCCAGCGGCGCUGAGGCCCGGCCCGGCGCGCAGGUUGUCUGGGCGCUCGCUGCACGGAGAGAUUUUCUUGGCAGCUCUACAGGAUGAGGCUCACACUGUGCACAGCCGACAUAUUGAAGCACAGAGCCCCGGAGAACGUAGAUGCAGGAGCGGGAACAGCUCUGCACACAAUGUAGCGUCUCCUAGGAUGGUUGGGCGGCUCCUUUCUUCAGAUCUCAGUCACAGUGGAUUGGGAGACCAUUAUGAAAAUUCCCACUGGGGACAGCAGCCCACUUUCAGGAGUGAAGGCAACUGCAGCUGGGAUAAAGUGAUAAUAGACAGGACUGACAAGGAAGCGUGGCCUUCCAUCACAGGAGCUGAGACUGAAUCUGCCUCAGAAUGUACUACAGACACUGACUCUGCCUCCAACUGUGGCUCAGAGAACAGUAGCAUGGCUACAGGGAGUGCCCAAGGCAACUUCACUGGACAUACAAAGAAAACUAAUGGCAAUAAUGGCGCCAACGGAGCACUCGUCCAAAGCACUUCUAACCAGAGUGCCCUUGGAGCUGGUGGAGCAAACGGUAACGGAAACUCGGCCAGGGUGUGGGGGGUGGCUGCAGGCUCCGGCUCUGGCCUAGCUCACUGCUCUGCCAGCGGUGGGGAUGGAAAGAUGGACAAUAUGAUUGGAGAUGGUAGAAGUCAAAACUGCUGGGGUGCUUCCAACUCAAAUGCUGGCAUUAAUCUUAACCUUAACCCUAAUGCCAAUCCAGCUGCCUGGCCUGUACUCGGACAUGAAGGAACUGUGGGAGCAGGCAACCCUUCCAGUAUUUGCAGUCCAGUCAGUGCCAUAGGUCAGAACAUGGGCAACCAGAAUGGGAACCCAACAGGCACCUUAGGUGCUUGGGGAAACUUGCUGCCGCAAGAGAGCACAGAACCACAAACGUCCACUUCUCAGAAUGUGUCUUUCAGCGUACAACCUCAGAACCUUAACACUGAUGGACCAAAUAACACUAACCCCAUGAACUCUUCACCAAACCCUAUCAAUGCAAUGCAGACAAAUGGACUGCCGAACUGGGGGAUGGCUGUUGGUAUGGGGGCCAUCAUCCCGCCCCACUUGCAAGGCCUUCCUGGUGCUAAUGGAACAUCAGUUUCUCAAGUCAGUGGGGGCAGUGGUGAAGGAAUGGGCAGUUCAGUAUGGGGGAUGUCCCCCGGUAAUCCUGCCACAGGAAACAGCAAUUCUGGGUUCAGUCAGGGGAAUGGAGACACUGUGAACUCAGCAUUAAGUGCUAAACAAAAUGGAUCCAGCAGUGCUGUGCAAAAGGAAGGAAAUGGAGCGAGUGCGUGGGAUUCAGGGCCUCCUUCUGGCCCUGGGGUACUAGCGUGGGGCAGGGGCGGUGGCAACAGCGGUGUUGGUAGCAUGCAUUCUGGAGCUUGGGGCCACCCCAACCGUAACGCCAGUAACGGUGUAAACGGUGAAUGGGGCAAGCCCCCAAACCAGCAUUCCAAUAGUGACAUCAACGGGAAAGGAUCAACGGGGUGGGAUGGCUCUAGUGUUACCAGUCCGAAUCCUGCCAUGCAGCAGGGCAAUGAACAAAUGAACUCUUGGGCCAAAGCUGCAGCGUCUGGCACCACAGCUAGCGAAGGAAGUAACGACAGCGGUGGAAGUCAAAAUGAAGGCAGUACUGGGAGGGAGGGGGCUGGAGAAGGCAGGAGGAGAGAUAAAGGGAUGAUAGACCAAGGGCAAGUUCAGUUGCCAAGAAAUGACCUUGACCCCAGGGUCCUGUCCAAUACAGGGUGGGGACAGACCCCUGUAAAGCAAAACACUGCCUGGGAAUUUGAAGAGUCCCCAAGGUCUGAACGAAAGAAUGACAAUGGAACGGAGGCCUGGGGUUGUGCAGCUACUCAAUCUUCAAACUCAGGGGGGAAGAACGAUGGGUCCAUCAUGAACAGUACAAAUACCUCUUCAGUAUCUGGGUGGGUCAACUCUCCACCUGCAGCUGUUCCAACAAAUACAGGCUGGGGAGACAAUAACAACAAAGCACCAAAUGGCCCAGGGGGAUGGGGAGAGUCAGCAAGCUCUACUACUGUUAAUAAUGCUGCUGCUGCCAAAAGCGGCCACGCUUGGAGUGGGACCGCAAAUCAGGAGGACAAAUCACCUACCUGGGGUGAACCUCAGAAACCCAAAACUCAAAACUGGGGAGAUGGACAGAAAUCAAAUCCAAGCUGGACUUCAGGAGGUGGAGAUUGGACAGAUUCGUCAUCUGUUCCUGGACACUUGGGUGAUGGGAAGAAGAAUGGAUCUGGAUGGGACUCUGACAAUAGGUCAGGGUCUGGUUGGAAUGAUUCCACGAGGUCUGGGACCAGUGGGUGGGGAAAUGGCACAAACAGCAAGGCUAAUACAGGUACAAGUUGGGGGGAAUCGUUAAAGCCAGGCCCCCAACAAAACUGGGCUAACAAAUCCCAGGACAACAACGUGAGUAACUGGGGAGGAGCUGCUUCUGUAAAACAGACGGGGUCAGGGUGGGUUGGUGGGCCGGUGCCAGCCAAACAAAAAGAGAACUGUGAGGCAACCGGCUGGGAAGAGCCAUCUCCACCGUCCAUUCGCCGCAAGAUGGAAAUCGAUGAUGGUACCUCAGCUUGGGGCGACCCAAAUUACAACAACAAUAAGACUGUAAACAUGUGGGAUAGAAAUAAUCCUAUAAUUCAGAGCAGUACCACAACCAAUACCACCACCACUAGCACCAUUAUCAACACAAACAUGGUUGAACCUCAGCCAUCGCACCAGUCAAGUGCCCAGCCGAACCGGUCCCCGCUGCUUGGUCCAGGAAAAAAGAAAAAGAAAAAAACUUCAGGAAAAAAAAGACUUUUUGUAAGAGCAGGCUGGGGAGAAAUGCCUAACGUCCACACAAAGGCCGAAGCUUCUUGGGGAGAGCCGUCAUCCCCUUCUGCUGCAGUUGAUAAUGGCACUUCAGCGUGGGGGAAGCCCCCCAGCAGUGGUACAGGGUGGGGAGAUAAUCCUGCCGAGUCGGCAGGGACAUACGGAAGAACAAAUGCUCCAGCUGCUGCCCCAGCACUGUGCAAACCAGCUUCAAAAUCUAUGCAAGAAGGCUGGGGCAGUGGUGGGGAUGAAGUGAAUCUCAGUACUAGUCAGUGGGAAGAUGAAGAAGGAGAUAUGUGGAAUAAUACUGCUUCACAAGAGAGCAGCUCCUCCUGUAAUUCCUGGGGGAAUGCCCCAAAGAAAGGACUUCAAAAGGGCAUGAAGACAUCUAGCAAGCAAGAUGAGGCCUGGAUCAUGAACCGCCUGAUAAAACAGCUCACAGACAUGGGCUUCCCUAGAGAGCCAGCGGAAGAGGCCUUGAAGAGCAACAAUAUGAAUCUCGAUCAGGCCAUGAGUGCUCUGCUGGAAAAGAAGGUGGAAAUGGACAAGCGUGGAAUGGGAGUGACCGACUAUAAUGGAAUGGUCACCAAACCCCUUGGCUGCCGCCCACCACCAAUCUCCAAAGAGUCUUCCAUGGACCGCCCCACCUUCCUUGACAAGCUCACCCUUUCUUUUUCCAAUCAGGAUGGCGGCCUAGUGGAAGAGCCCACUACUUCACCAUUUUUGCCUUCACCAAGCCUGAAGCUCCCCCUUUCAAACAGUGCACUCCCUAAUCAGACCCUGGGCGGGAUUGCCUCAGGGCUGGGCAUGCAAAACUUGAAUUCUUCUCGACAGAUACCGAGUGGCAAUCUGGGUAUGUUUGGCAAUAGCGGAGCAGCACAAGCCAGGACCAUGCAACAGCCGCAGCAACCGCCAGUGCAACCUCUUAAUUCAUCCCAGCCUAGUCUUCGUGCUCAAGUGCCUCAGUUUCUAUCCCCUCAGGUUCAAGCACAGCUUUUGCAGUUUGCAGCAAAAAACAUUGGUCUCAACCCUGCACUAUUAACCUCGCCAAUUAAUCCUCAGCAUAUGACGAUGUUGAACCAGCUCUAUCAGCUGCAGCUGGCGUACCAACGUUUACAAAUCCAGCAGCAGAUGUUACAGGCUCAGCGUAAUGUUUCCGGACCCAUGAGACAACAGGAGCAGCAAGUUGCACGUACAAUCAAUAACAUGCAGCAGCAGAUCCAGCAGCACCAGCGCCAGCUGGCCCAGGCCCUGCUUAUGAAGCAGCAGCCUCCCCCUCCACAUCUAUCUUUGCACCCCUCUGCAGGCAAAUCAGCCAUGGAUAGCUUUUCACCCCAUCCCCAGGCUCCCGGCCUUCCUGACCUGCAGACCAAAGAGCAACAGUCUUCACCGAACACCUUUGCUCCUUACCCUCUUGCUGGACUGAACCCGAACAUGAAUGUAAAUAACAUGGACAUUACUGGUGGUUUGUCAGUGAAGGACACUUCUCAGUCCCAGUCUCGCCUUCCUCAGUGGACACACCCCAACUCAAUGGAUAAUCUGUCUAGUGCUGCUUCUUCUCUUGACCAGAACUCCAGCAAGCACGGUGCUAUACCUGGAGGUUUAAGUAUUGGUCCUCCGGGAAAGUCCUCCAUUGAUGACUCUUACGGCCGGUAUGAUCUGAUUCAAAACAGUGAAUCGCCCGCCAGUCCACCCGUAGCUGUUCCUCACAGCUGGUCACGUGCCAAAACUGAUAGUGAUAAAAUUUCCAAUGGCUCCAGCAUAAACUGGCCACCAGAAUUUCAUCCAGGAGUGCCAUGGAAAGGACUGCAGAAUAUUGAUCCUGAAAAUGACCCCGAUGUUACUCCUGGAAGUGUUCCAACUGGGCCUACUAUAAACACCACAAUACAGGAUGUUAAUCGCUAUCUUCUCAAGAGUGGAGGGUCAUCCCCAACAUCAUCUCAGAAUGCCACGCUGCCUUCAUCGAGUGCCUGGCCGCUUAGUGCCUCCGGCUACAGUAGCUCUUUCAGCAGCAUUGCAUCCGCACCUAGCAUUGCAGGUAAAUUGUCAGACAUCAAGUCUACGUGGUCCUCUGGCCCAAUCUCUCACACACAAGCCUCUUUAUCCCAUGAGCUAUGGAAGGUACCCAGAAACACUACUGCUCCUACAAGACCUCCUCCAGGCUUAACAAACACCAAGCCAUCAUCUACAUGGGGUGCCAGUCCCCUGGGUUGGACCAGCUCUUACUCCUCCGGUUCAGCAUGGAGUACUGACAGCUCAGGGAGAACAAGCAGCUGGCUGGUUCUUCGAAACCUCACACCCCAGAUUGAUGGUUCCACACUGCGGACACUGUGUUUGCAGCAUGGCCCUCUAAUAACAUUCCACCUGAACCUGACACAAGGGAAUGCUGUGGUCCGAUACAGUUCCAAGGAAGAAGCAGCCAAGGCCCAAAAGUCUCUGCAUAUGUGUGUCCUGGGAAACACUACCAUCUUGGCCGAGUUUGCUGGUGAAGAGGAAGUAAACCGUUUCUUAGCACAAGGCCAGCCCCUGCCGCCCACCUCCAGCUGGCAGUCCAACACUGGAAGCAACCAGACGCGCCUGGGCUCGGCGGGCGGCUCGCACGGCUUGGUGCGCGGCGACGCCGGCCACUGGAACAGCCCCUGCCUGGGGGGCAAGGGCAGCAGCGACCUGCUGUGGGGUGGGGUGCCCCAGUACUCCAGCAGCCUCUGGGGACCCCCCAGCACCGACGACGGCAGAGUUAUCGGGAGCCCCACACCUCUGAAUACUCUUCUUCCAGGUGAUCUUCUCAGUGGGGAGUCCAUCUAGGAAACGAGAGAAACAAAAUGGAAAUAACAAUCAUCAGCACUAAAGGAAAAAUAAAAUUUGUAACCCUUUCCAGUCCCGGGCUUGAUGAAGAACCCAGCUUUAACAGAUCAGACUGGCAGCCCUUUUUUAGUACCUCUGUCCAAUAUCGAAUAUGAAACUGCAAAGUCCUUGUGAACUGUUAAUGAAACAGUAUGGGCUACUUUUGGUCAGUGUCACAUGCUAAUGACAGGUUUUAUUUUUUUCAUGGCUUUUUGUUUUAUGUUGUCUUUUUAUGUUUGUAUGGUGAUUUUAAAAACAAACUAUAAAAGCUGCUUAGAAUAGGUCUAUCAUGAAGGGCACUUUUCAGAAUUUGGGCUGGAAAGGGUUAUUUUAUCAACUUGGGGGGGGGGGGGAAGGGGAAAUGAAAGCCUAUUUAAAAUGAGCCUGUGACUAUUAUGCACAUUACCAGAGGCGGACCCAAUAAUCAGAAAGGGUGAAGUGUGAUAUUUACCAUUGGUACAGAAAAGUAAUGAAUCUGAAUGGUAACUCUUGACUGUACAGGUUGAAUGGGGGGAGGGCGGGCGGGGGCUGGGGUUUCUCUGUGUCCACUACUCCCAUGGAUCUGCCUAUGCACAUUACCCUUGUUUCAUUACUUUUUCAUGUCAUUUUUUUAAUCCCAAAAAUAUAAAAAGUUUAAAAAAAAAAAAAAAAAAAUAAAAAAAAAAAAGAAAAAAAAAAAGAAACUGAUAGAAGGGGCCGGCGACAAUUCACGUGUAAAUGUUUACUCAAGGACUCUUACAGCAUUUUAAAAAUUACAGUGUGUAUCUCUGGAGAAUAAUAUGUAUAUCUACCUUUAGCGGCUUUUUAUUGUGGACUAAUACAAGAAAAUUAUUACCGGAGUAUUGCACCAUUUUUCCAUUCGGAAUAUAAAGUUUAAAAAAAUACUCUUGUUGAACUGUGGCCAUAGAUAAUUGUAAAGAGUGGAUAGUUCCCUUGCAAGCAGGAACAGAAACAAGCACUUGGACAUAGGUUUUGACUGCUUUUGGAGGAGCCAGGAGUUUUGGCUCUCACCUGUUUACAGACCUUUUUUCUCCUUCAAACUUUAAAAUAAAAAAAGGAAUUAAAAAAAAAAAAAAGAAAAAAAAAAGAAAAAAAAAGACUUCCAUCGUAAAGAAAACUAUUUUCAGAAUGAAGAUAUGCUACUUCAGAGCUCUGGGAUUGAACAGUGUUGUUGUAUUAUUCUUUUCUUUGGCCAUUGCUGUGUACUAUUUUUGUUGUUGUUUUCCUCCUCUUCGUCAAAGUGGCGAAAACUUUGUGAUCACUAUCUUGCACAUGGUGGAAGAUGUCUCAGGAAAGCCGGGUUUCCCGAGGAGCAACUCCACACCAUUUCAUGUAUUUUUAAAACCCAACUCCUAGCACUGAAGAUAUUAUUAAAAAAACAAAAUAAAAAAAGACAGUAAGAAAGAAGAAAAUACCUAAUCUAAUGUGUAGCAGUUACAUAUUUACCAAAUAAUGGACUCAAAAGAAAUAGAUGUUUGAAGAGUGCUUUAUAUAUUAAAAAAUUGCUUUAUGUUUAAAAAAAGAUCAAUGUUUUUGAUUGUUUUGAAAGGAAGAAAGACAAUGGAAUAACAUACACUUCAAGUAUGUUUUAAAAAUUAUAUGAACAUUGUGCUCCCUGCCUGCUUGGAUCAGGAAACUUGUGCAUUACAUUUUUUUUUUUUUUGGAAGAUUAGCUUUUUAAUGGUUUUAUCAGAUUUAAAGGGUCCUGCAAGAUUGCAAAUUAACAAAAGCUGGUUUUAUAGAGGAUCAUGAACUAUGCACAAACUGGGUUCAAGACUUGUUUUUUUCUCAAGUUUUAGUAGUGUAUUUAGCUGAAUAACCUUUCCUCAGAGUAAUUGCAUCUCAUUGCCAUUACACGCCUCCUACAUAUAUAUAUUUUAUAUAUAUAUACACACACACUCUUAUAUAAAAUAUGUAUGUGUGUAUGUGCGUGUUUACAUACAAUUUUUCAUGCUGAAGUUUAGCAUUGAGUUGUAGAAAAACUCCUGAUAUUUUGAAAUUGGGAAUGAAAAUUUCUGUUUAGGGUUUGGUGGGGUGGGUUUUUGUUUGGGGGCGCUUUUUUUUUUUUUUUUUUGCCUUUCCUUUUGGAUUAAAGAUGUCUGUAACUCUGAGAUUAAAAACAAACAAACAAACAAUUGUGGCUUUUAAUGUUCUUUCUCCUCAUAGAAUGUGAUUGUUAAAGAACAUGCACCGAAAGUUGCUUUCAAGAGUACGAAGAUUCUUUGAAACUUAAUAAAUUGCAGUUUUUUCUUGGCUGUUCAAA